UGCGUGAGGGCGGAAGAGCCUCCCUCGCGCCUCUUGCCGGCUUCACCGCCGACGCCGCCUCGCCGUCCCUCGCGGGCCCUCCUCGGCAUUUCGCGCCUCUGAGCUUAUCAUGGAUUAUCCAGUGGAAAAAUGGAAGUUUUACGUGAGCCAGAAAUGGGCUUCUCUGGAGCCAUCCUUGAAGGAGAAGCUGCGUCAACCCAUAUUGCUCAGAGACAGUUUCUCAUUGUCCCUGUCUCUCUUCCAACAUGAAGAUGAAGAAUAUUUGUUCAACCUGUCCAGGUCCUACUGUGUGACAAAAGAUGCCAAACUGGGCCUCUCUUGCAAGGAAGAAGGGAAUCAAAAGUUCCGGAAGAAGGAGUACAGAACAGCUGCUGUGCUGUAUUCCAGGGCGUUGUCCCAUGUAGAGGCUGGCAGCACAGACAUGGCUGUGUGUUACGCUAACCGCUCUGCAGCACUUUUCCACCUGGGUCAGUUUGAGGUUUGUUUGGAAGACAUUAGGAGGGCUCAGGAAGGGGGCUAUCCAGAAAGACUGUGGCCCAAGAUUUUGCUGAGGAAAGCAGAAUGCCUCUUUACUCUGGGAAGAUUACAGGACAUGGCAGACGCUCUUGCCAGCAUGGAGAACCAGAUCUCUGCAGACCAUAACCUGGACGGUACUGGCAGCCACCGGGACCUACUUUGCAAGCUUCAGCAGCUGAAGAUCAAAGCCCGUAAGGAGGGCAGUGGCUUGGUCUCUCAGCCAGCUGCGCCCCGCAGAACCCCGUCUGAACCAGAGCCCUGGAAUAGAAACAGCCGGAUUCCAUGCGCCUCGUCGUCAGUGAGCUUGGCCUUCUCCCUCUGCAAGGGGCGCCAUUUGGUUGCUGCCAAGGAUAUUCUUCCUGGUGAAAUCCUGGUGAAGGAAGAGGCUUUUGUGAGCGUGCUGCGCCCAGGAAAAGGCCUCCUGUCGCAAGGUAGCGCUGGGGCCGCGUUGGACGGUCAGUUGGCUCCUGAAGACCUUCACUGCCACCACUGCUUGAAGGCAGUGCUGGCCUCUGUUCCCUGCCAGAGUUGUAGCUAUGCCAAGUACUGCAGCCCCCAGUGUGCCCAGCUGGCAUGGAAUGGCUACCACAGCAGAGAGUGCUCCCUGGGGGGGCUCCUCCUCCUUCUGGGGGUCUUCUGCCACACUGCCUUGAGAGCCGUUCUGGUGGCAGGCUUUGCCCAGGUCCGCCGUUUGGUGAAGCAGUCCCACAUCGAGUCUCUUGCCGAAGCACCAGGUCCUGGGAUGGUCACGGAGGGGGACCUGGCCUCCAUUCCUGGCUGUGAUGCUGAGGGCCGGUACAGCAGCUCCUACCAGACCACCUUCAGCCUUCUGGCGCAUACCGACAGACACAGUCCCGAGCUCCGGUUCCUUUGCAGCCUGAGCGUGGCUGGUUUGUGCAAGGCGUUUGGAGCUCCUGAUCUGGAGGCGAUCGUUGAUGAGAAGGAUGCGUCCGGAAGUCAAGAAGAACCUCCAGCUGCUGGAGCCUCCUCAGAGCUCGAAGUCUUGGGGGAAGCCAUGCUGAGGCACAUGCUGCAGCUGCCGUGCAACGCCCAGGCGGUGGUCGCGCUUUCUGCCUCAGGUUCAGAAGAGGGCCCAGUGACUGGCAAUGAAGAGAUAGCCCUGGCCACAGCUCUCUUCCCUGUCGUCAGCCUCCUGAAUCAUUCAUGCGACCCGAAUACCAGUGUGGCUUUCAGUGGCAGGACCAUGGAGGUCAGAGCCUCGCAUCCAAUUCCCUUCGGUCAGGAGAUCCUUCAUUGCUACGGGCCUCACCAUUGCAGAAUGGGGGCCUCCGAGAGGCAGGAGCGACUCCUUUCCCAGUAUUUCUUUGAGUGCCAGUGUCGGUCAUGCAGCAAGGAACUGAAUCCCAGCUCCAAGGGCAUCCCUUCUGCUCAGCCCAGCCUCUUCUGCUGCCCUGCCUGCCACCUGCCCAUGCAGGGGCAAGGCAUGCUCUGUUGUUCCAGCAGAACCUGCAAAACGCAAGUCCCUGAGGAGACGUUUCAGCUUCAGCUGCGGGAUCUUCAGCGGCUCACUCAGAGGGCCCUGAAGCUUCUGGAACAAGGCGAGGCAGGUAAAUCAAUGGAGCUGCUGCAGAAAUGCCAGAUGGAGGCCAAGAAAUUCCUCUCUCCGGUGCACCUGCUCAUAGGGGAGAUUGAGGAUCACAUGGCGCAGGCCCAGGCGACCUUAGGGAGGUGGCAUGAAGCCUCUGGGCACUUGCGCAGUAGCAUAAGGGUGGUAGAAGCCCACUUUGGCCCCUCCAGCAUCGAAGUGGGCCAGGAGCUCUUCAAACUGGCCCAAGUCCUCUUCAAUGGGUGUGCUGUGUCAGAGGCCCUGGAGGCCACAGAGAAGGCGGAGGCCCUUUUGUCUCUCCAUUUGGGGAGCCAGAGCGCCCAGGUCCAGGAGCUACAGGAGAUGAAAGCCUGCCUGGAGGACUUGCUCGGAGGAGGAGACGCUGUCACAGCAGCCAGAUCGUAAGUGGAAAGGGUGGACACCCACUGCCUGGGCUGCUGCUCAUGUGACCUCCUGGGGCAAGUUGGAGACGGGGAGGGAGGGCAGGGGAAUGCCCACAAAUCCUGUGAUGUUGUUGCAUUCCAUUAAAUCCUCCUGGUCUUCUCUAUUGGUCUGGAAAGCACACACACACA